AUGGUGAACGAAAAGGACUACGCUAAGAAUCAAAUGCUGAAUUACAAAAAUUCGCAACCUAAGAGAAACAACAUAACAACAUCUAAUGGAGCUCCCAUUGCCGGCAAGAACGCUGUUCUUACCGCUGGACCCCGCGGACCAAUGCUUAUGCAAGAUGUUGUCUACAUGGAUGAGAUGGCGCACUUUGACCGCGAGCGCAUUCCUGAGCGUGUUGUUCAUGCUAAGGGAGCUGGAGCUCAUGGUUAUUUUGAAGUAACUCACGAUAUCUCCAAGUACUGCAAGGCUGAUAUUUUCAGCAAAGUUGGAAAACAAACUCCUUUGUUCAUUCGUUUCUCUACCGUCGGAGGAGAGCUCGGUUCAGCUGACACAGCUCGUGAUCCUCGUGGAUUUGCCAUCAAGUUCUACACUGAAGAAGGAAACUGGGAUUUGGUUGGUAACAACACUCCAAUCUUCUUCAUCCGUGAUCCAAUUCUAUUCCCCAACUUCAUCCAUACACAGAAACGUAACCCUCAAACUAACUUGAAGGAUGUUAACGCUAUUUUCGAUUUCUGGGGACAUCGUCCAGAGGCUAUUCAUCAGGUUAUGUUCCUGUUCUCUGACAGAGGAACUCCUGAUGGUUACCGCCACAUGAACGGUUAUGGAUCUCACACGUUCAAGAUGGUUAAUGCCCAAGGAAAAGCUAACUAUGUUAAAUUCCAUCUUAAGACCGAUCAAGGAAUCAAGAAUCUCAAGUCAGAAGAUGCUGAGCGUUUAGCCGGAGAAGACCCUGAUUACUCCACAAGAGAUCUGUUCAAUGCUAUCGAGAACGGAAACUAUCCAGCAUGGAACUUCUGCAUUCAGAUCAUGAGUUUCGAAGAGGCUGAGAAACACAAAUUCAAUCCUUUCGAUGUCACUAAGGUCUGGCCCCAAGCUGAGUUCCCAUUGAUUCCUGUUGGUCGUGUUGUUCUCAACCGUAACCCACAAAAUUAUUUUGCUGAGGUUGAGCAAUCUGCUUUCUGCCCAGCUCACGUUGUACCUGGAAUCGAGUUCUCUCCUGACAAAAUGCUCCAAGGACGCAUCUUCUCUUACACUGACACUCAUUUCCAUCGCCUUGGAACCAAUUACAUUCAUUUACCAAUCAACUGUCCGUUCAGAGCGAGAGCUCACAACACUCAACGAGGAGGACAAGGAUAUCAUGAAAGCCAAGGAAACGAAAUCAACUAUUAUCCUAAUAGCUUCCAUGGUCUUAAAGAAGACAGCAAAGCUAAGGAAAGUGUCUGGAAGAGUUCUGGCGAUGUUGAUCGUUAUGAUUCUGGGGAAGAAAAUAACUAUGACCAACCAAGAGACUUCUGGUUAAAGACCCUUAGCGAGCCAGAACGUGACCGUCUUGUUGCUAACUUAGCCUCAGCCCUGAAGAACUGUCUGCCAUUCAUUCAAGAUAAGAUGAUCCAUCACUUCACACAGGUACAUUCUGAUUUCGGAGCUAAGCUUCGUAAAUCUAUCGACCAAUUCAACGUUGAAAUGAAGGCUCGCUGCCAUUUGUAA